AUGACGACCAGGGCCACGACGACGACCAGGGGCGACGACCAGGGCCACGACGACGACCAGGGCCACGACGACGACCAGGGCCACGACCAGGGCCACGACGACGACCAGGGCCACGACGACGACCAGGGCCACGACGACGACCAGGGCCACGACGACGACCAGGGCCUCGACGACGACCAGGGCCACGACUACGACCAGGGCCACGACGACGACCAGGGCCACGACUACGACCAGGGCCACGACGACGACCAGGGCGACAACGACGACCAGGGUGACGAUGACGACCAGGACCACGACGACGACCAUGGCCACGAUGACGACCAGGGCCACGACGACGACCAGGGCCACGACGACGACCAGGGCGACGACUAUACGACCAGGGCCAGGCGACAACUAUACGACCAGGGCCACGACGACGACCAGGGCGACAACGACGACCAGGGUGACGAUGACGACCAGGACCACGACGACGACCAGGGCCACGACGACGACCAGGGCGACAACGACGACCAGGGCCACGACGACGACCAGGGCGACAACGACGACCAGGGUGACGAUGACGACCAGGACCACGACGACGACCAUGGCCACGAUGACGACCAGGGCCACGACGACGACCAGGGCCACGACGACGACCAGGGCCACGACGACGACCAAGACGACAACGACGACUAG